GCUCUCGAGCUCUCCGGUGUCCUUAAGUCACGUUCCAUUGUUCGGAUCGUUCCAACGGUUUCUUCCUUCCGUCGUGGAGGGUCCCUUCGUUGUUCCCCGGGCUUUGUGCUUCUUCGAUGGUGAACGCGUGAGAAUUGUGCGCCAUGUUCGCGCCGCGAGCAGCCACGCGAUUCACCGGCUACCGUGGCAAGUGAUACGUUUUUCUCGCCGUACGGCCAGUGUGUGCGUUUAAAUACCGUUCAACGAAGUUCGUCGCUGUGUGUGCGUCGUGUGUUUGUGGGUGCGACCGUGCCGGUCCUUGCCGUUAGGAAGGCAAAAGUCUAGUGGUAAUAAACGACGAGAGGCGAGAGCACGCUGUGGGGAUCGUGGAAUGCGCGCUGACAGAGAUGGAACCGAGGAAAGGUGCACGGACGCGAUGAGAAAUAAUAUGGAGCAUGAGGGUGACCGUGGAAAAACGGAAGGAAGGUUCACAGCUCGACGAAGCGGUUAAUGAUCCGGAGUCACCGAACGCAGCUGGCUACGUCUCUGUCGCCGACAGCUGGAGAUGAUCACAAACGAGGAGACGAACGAAACGACGACGACGACGCUGGCAUCGUCGCCGGUGUUGGACGAAUCCGGCGACAUGGACUUGGUGAAUGGACCGAAUCCGUGGGUUCCGGCCUACGGCUUCCAGCUCCAACACCAUUCCCAUUUUCAACCCGACCACGAGGAUCUACGGACUAAUGAUACAGUGCUGGUGCAACAAGUGGACUUUUUAGAGACUAUUUUAGAAGAAACGUCGGACGAUCUGCAAAGCGACUCUGAACGCAGUGGUACCACCUAUUGGGUCGGUUCGGACUCGGAAACCGAAAGCGUGAUACACAUACGGGCGAAGCAGAGAUCAGGAGAUGAAAGACUGGACGGUAGCGGUAGCGAGUGUAAUUCGGUGGUCCCUAAGAAGAGACGUCGCAGAAACAAUGGCACCAGCGACCGGGACCACCAAGUGACCUUCGAGGAUUACCCAGCCUCGCCCAGGUCCUCGAGAUCAUCCGCGUCAUCCAGAUCGAGCUCUCUGCUGCAGUUCGAAUCGUUGGAGAGGACCUGCGCCACCCUAUCGCCCUCCAGCUACAGCUUCGACUCGCUGGAAUACUCGAAUCGAUCCAACGCGUCCCAUCCAGAGAACACAUCGCCCGACAGUCUCGAGCAGGACUACGACAGAGUCCUUCCCAACGGUUUUGGGAACGUCGAUCACUUCUCCAGGAUCAGGCCCUACCGGAGCUUCGAGAGCCUGGACACCUGCCAGAAGGACGACGAGUUCGGGCAUACCAACCUGACCAAUGGUUUCGCACCUUUGUACCUGAAACGUAACUCGGACCUAUCGAGGAUACGAAGCAACGGGCAUCGUCCAAGGGACUUUUGGCACGACGACGAAGAGUACGAGGACGACGACGAGGAGGAGGACCUCGACGAGGAGGAUCGCGCGUCGAAGGAGAAUCGCGCGUGCUCGGAGAUCGAGGAUCGACUGAUGGUGUUCGGCGAUCCGGCAUUCAACUACGCGACAUCGGUGGACUACAGAAACACGAUCGAUCUGCGUGAGAUCGGCGUCGAGACGAAGAGGGACGCGCUGUUGGAUCUGAAGUCUGGCCAGGCGGCCGUGUCGAGUUCCUUUCGUCUGCUGCAGACCAGGUUAAAUAUAGCCGGUGGCAUGGCGCACAGUCGCAACAACAUGGUUCCCGAUCAUCAUCAUCACCAUCAUCAUCAACAGCAGCAGCACCAGGAGGAGCAGUACCAGCACCAGCACCAGCACCACCAACAGCACUACGAGCACCACGAGCCGCGGCAGCACCAGCAGCAUCAGCUUCAAGGGUGGAGCAAGGAGGAGUGCUUUAAUUUUAGAUUCACGGAUAAAUCUCAAAGCGCGCCCAGUCUGCCUAGCAGCAUCGACGAGUCCGCACACGGUACACGCUCGUUGGCGGGCCACACGUCCUCAAGGGCAACCUCGUUCGUCUCCACGUCGAAUCUGUUCGAGAAUUACACGAGGGUAGCGAGCGUGCCCGUGGACCUGAACCUUUGCGGAUUUUCCACGUCGUGCGAUGAUACGCGGUACCAGGAACUGAGCCCGCGCGAUCACGAAAUGGCGGAUAUUACGAACGUACACGAGAAGAAGCGCACGGACGGCCACCGGGAGGACGAGGCGGGACAGCUGAAGAACUCGUUGAUGAGCUCGGUGAGAACACAGGCGCCGCAGAGCGUGAUGGUGGACGGGAAGAUGGAUCGCGAGUCGAUCGAGGGGAACGGCAAGAACGAGGGGGAAUGCGCGGGCGAUCGCUGCGCGAACCCGCGGGAGAAGAAGCAGGUCACGUCUACGGUGAAGACGCAGGAUCGCGGCAACUGCGUGCUGGACAUGGCGAUCGCCAUGGAGAACGACAUGGUGGACGAGGCGAUCAAGCAGCUGAAACGGGAGGUCGAGGAGGCAACCGUGUCGAAUGGUAAACACGCGAUGGACGGCGUGCAGAGAAGCCUGUCCGGCAAACAGCGACCGCACAGGGUGAAGAACAACGCCAGUUACGAGCUGGCGCAGCAGUUCGAGAUCGACGAGAGAAGCAUCCGAUCGAACAGACACCGCAAGGAGAUCGCCAACGACGACGAGCAGACCACCAAGUCGCCGAAGAGCGCUUUCGGUGGACGCAAACGGGUAUUGAACAACGCCAGUUACGAGCUGGCUCAGCAGUGCGAUUACAUAAACGCUCUGCAGUCGUCCAGGGGUGCGUUCCAGAGGAUGGACGCCUGCGACGAGCUCGAGGAGCCCGUGUUCGUCUCCGGUCGAUCGUCGCGGCUCAGGGUCACCGACAUGGUGCAACAGAUGAACAGCAGCUCGACGUCGAAUCUCACCAAUUACAACGAGCCGCGUACCGAGACCAGGAUGUACUCCAAGUCCACGGAGGACAUAUUCUCGCAGUUCUCGACCGGUCCGUUCACCAGGGUGCCGAUCAAUCAGCUGGGCCAACGGCUGAAGAAACAGGAGGAGGAGGAGGAGGAGUCGCUUCUCUGUCAGGUAAAAAAAAACUCGGAUCCAUUUUCAACCUGUGGAGACGAUCCUAGUGGCCAUCCCGUAGUAGACGACGAGAUAGAUUAUCCCUGCUUGGAAACCAAACCCAUAGGAGCUUCCAGCCUGGAGGGGGGCGUGUCGCGCGAGGAAACAAACGCCCGCGAACCUCCGGGAAUAUCCCUAGAACACGAACACGAGCACGUGCGCGUAACUAGAACCCCGAACUCUGUACCGACGAUCCACGAGCAUCCCGCGGAGUUUGACCAGGAUCUAGCGAGAUCCUUAAUCGACGAGCAGCAGGAGGACGGUGGUAACGUCGUCGACGAGAGUUUGUCGUCGUCGUGCAACAGGAACGGCAGCGAACGGCUGUGGAGGGUCAUAGUGGAGAAGCAGGCCGUGGAGAAAGAGGCUUCCGCGGAGAAGGUUGCCGCGGGUAAGGUGAUGGAGACGGCGGAGAAGUCGCUGGAAAAGAAAGAGAGCGAGAAAGAGGAUGAGGAGGGGGCGAAGGCAACGGAAGCAGCGAGGGGACACAGUGUCCACGGUGUUCGUUGCCCCCCACCAAGCGGUACCGACGGCCUGGAAGCCAGUCAGAGGAGUGGGAAUCCAGCGGUGGCCGUGGUAGUUGAUACGAAUCAUCGCGGUGAUCGCGACAAACGUCACGAGGAGAACGCGGCGGCAACAACGGCGACGGUUAGGGUAGCAGACGCGACGAUGACGACCACGGCGAAACGGUCCUUCGUCACGCCGUCACCUAUCAAGGACCCGUCCUCGGGGAGGAUACAGAGGGGCAUGGCCGUGGACGCGUCCCCCGUGACCACGGUCAAGGAGGAAAGGAAGAAGGGUGGACUGGGUGGAUUUCUUCAGAGAUUCUCGAGGCUACGGUUCAGUGGUAGAUCGAAAGUGCCGCGUUCCGAGGUGCAGAAAAAGAGUGAUACGCUCGGCCAAGUGAAUCGCGGCAAGGUGAACGAGGAACAUGCUAAAAAGGAGCCGGAUUACAUCAUUAUUCCGUUGCACGGACCGGAAGAUGAGAGGCGCAAGGACGAACACGCCGCCGUGGAUACCAAGACGGACGGAAGGACCGUUGGUGACGUUCAACGUAGCUCCUCCAACGUUAGCGCGAACGGGAGGGCGCCAGUGUCCAGCAAGCCGCCCCUGCCUCCUCAGCCACCCCGCGUCGGGGCGCUGAGCUCGAGACCGUCGACGGGCGCGUCGGCGGCGGCGGCGGCGGCGGCGGCGGCGGCGGCGUCUUCGUCGCGCCGACGCGCGGCCACGGACCUUGGAAAUCCGGCGGCCAUCGAGAUGGCGAAAGCCCGUGCGAUGCAGGCCGCCCAGGAGCGCCCGGUCGGCCUGCUCGAGACCGACCUCGACGAGGCCGUGCCGUCGACGACGACCACCGCCUCAGCGAACGCCGCCGCCGGCAAGAAGACCAGGAGCCUGCUCAAUCUGAAUCACACCUCGACCACCCCGCGACUCAGGCCAGAGCACGCCCUCCACGUACCCCAGUCGCCCGUCGGCGCUUCGCACAGGAGCCCCCAAGACGACGGCGCCGCGUCCACCAUCAAUCAACGGCCACACAAAUCCAUGGAGUUCCUCCUCGACAAGGAGAACCUGCAUUUCGUCAAGCCGCCGGAGAACGAGUUGCAGAAAAUUGGCGAACGGGUACCCAGCGAACACGAGCUCAGAGUACAAAGAUCACUGCAGCGACUGAACGUCCCGGACUGGUACAAGAACUCUCCCGCGGCUCGCGAUGGUUUCCGGUUAAAGAGGCACUCCGACGCGUCGCAGCACGGAGGAUGGCGUGCUCUGGGCUCGAAAACCACUUCCCUCUCGUCCCUUUCGUCGUCUUCCAAUAGGCAGCCGACUACAGGUGCCCUUCUAAGUCCAAGUCCCACACCACCUGUAUUCUCGAGAUGGAGUACCAGUCUGCUGAACAGCGCCGGAAGUUCGCCAGCAAGUUCGGCGAGGUCGUCGUUCAAUCAUCGACAGCCGUACUUGGGAUGGCGUUCGCAAGAACGAUUGACAAAUCCACGAACACCGGCAGAACGUCUUGCUCAGGGUAUUCUUCCCCAGUUGCAAGCAGCAAACAAGCAGCAACAGCAGCAGCAACAACAACAGCAGCAGCAGCAGCAGACAACGAAUCAGCAGCUAGAAGUAAGGAACUCGAUAAAGGAAGUAACCUCGGCCAUUGUGCACUACGUGCAAAGCGGUCAGGAGGUUGCUGGAGGUGGCAGGCUGUCGCCUCGCCCUCGACCCGAAGACUGGGACGACAGGGGCGGAGCAAGGUCAACCAGCCCCAGAGGGAGCGUGAAGCUGUGUUGGAUGGAGAGCUCGUUCGUUGGCACGAGACCCGUGGAUUCGCCGGAGACGCCGAUGAGUUUGGCCACGGAGACCGACUGCUGUCCAGGCUGCAACGCCACCGGCACUGAGUCCUGCAGUUGCAUCGAUUCAGCGACUUCCGGUCUGUUCUUGGACCUGACGCCGACCCGCGACGACGUGCAGCUACAGCAACAGCAACAGCAACAACAACAGCAACUGGGUGGCGGCAGCAGUCUAUGCCCGUCGCCGUCCUCGUCGCUCAAUUAUCACCACCACCAUCCCCAUCAUCAUCAUCGUCAGCUUCAUCAUCAACAGCAACCCCAGCAACAGCAACGCCAUCACCGCGGAUCGGGCCAGAGCGAUACGGACGAGGCGAUGGCGACGGCAGCUCUUCUGCGGAACAAACCGAGCCCCGGCUCCACGACCCUGGAGGACGUCCUUGACUCCCUCCUCGGGCUGCCAUCCGCGUCGCGUACCCCGAGUCCUGGGCCAGGACCAGUCGUAACCGGUACAUCCGCCACCAUGCGACAUCGAACUAACGUCGGCCAGGCUAAUGCGAAAGCCGGGAAGAGCUGCAGCGACCUACGCCAAGACCUCCAAGAGUCCGCUAGAAGCGUGAUGGACGUGCAAGGAGCCACCGAGGAGCGCGCCUCGUACUACGUGGGUGAGCUGGUGAGACGGAAGAGCGAGGGCAGCGACUCGAUACCCUCGAAAGCGACGUCGAUGCAGUCCAGGGGCGGGCCGUUGCGCCACCGGCGGGUCUCCUUCGACAACAACCAGGAGUCCAACGGUCUGGUGGCGGCGAACGCCGCGGAGAAGAUAGUCCGUUGCCGCAACAACAAGUGCGCCAACUCCACCACCCUGGCCGAGGCGAGGCGCAGCUACAAGAGCUGUCACAACUGCACCUGCCUGUACUGCUCCAGGGAGUGCAGGAAAGCUCACUGGCAGCGUCAUCGACGGACCUGUCUGCACUCGAGGGCCGGCAGCCUCUGCAAGCAGGUGCUGUCCUCCGCCAAGGAGGAUCCCAUCACGCUGAAGCACAUUUCAGCGUUGGCGAAGCGCGGCUACGCGUCGCACGGCCGCGGAGCCGUCAAGUGCUUCUUUUCUAGCCCCGAAGCCGCGGAGAAGUUCAUCGGGAACGGUUUCGUGGACCUGGGCGAGCCCACCUACGUCAGAUGGUCGGACCUGCUGGCCAGCGAGAUGGGGGCGGACCUGUACGCGGAGGUGAUCAGAUUAUGCAAGUCGUACAACCCGGACACCAGGCUGGUGCUGUACGUGGCCGUGUGCGUGGUCAGCGAGGUGCCCACCAGCGGCGCUGUGAAGUGGGAGCGACAGUUGGUGUCCAGGUGUGCCAAAAUCCACCUGGACACGGCUAGCAGACACCACACGUCCUCGUCGUCCGCCUCCCCGCAGGGCAGACAGCAGUCCACGUCGCCCUGCAACAUCACCAGGGAAAUGGAGUCGCCGGAGAUGCUGGUGCUGACGUCGUUGCCGGGUAACAACGGACAGAACACCCCGAAGAGGAUCAGGGAGAUCAGCUUCACGAAUAUCCAGGGACAGCUGAAGCUGAGGGGCGUCUCGCUCAGAAGACACUUCCCUCAAGUAUACAGGAAGCUGCGCGCCUACGUCGACGGCACCGUGGACAAAUUCGCCCCCGUGACCAUCUAUCCGCGCGACCAGGCGUCCGGGAAGAGCUUCAUGUGCAUCAUCAUACUCGACGUGGAGCCCGAGCGUCUUCAGCUGCUUCCCACCGACUCGUCCAGGGUCAGAACGGUCGACAUCAGCGUCGAGCAGGAAUGAACGUAUCCGUAUUCGCUUCAAUUUUUUUACUAAAUUAACGAGACGCAUUACUCGACCUUGUCGUCCGCGAAGCGGCUGGAGAAAGACCUCGGAGCGUGUAGCAAAUUGCGAAGAAACGAAAGCGAAUUGUCUUUGAGGGAUGACGGUUCGCCAAAUCGAGGACGCGUCGAGCGGUCGAUUUAUUCUACGACGCUUUUAGCGUGGAGCAACGAACAAAAUGUAUGGGCGGGUUAGACUCUCUUGACACUACGUUGUAAACUCGGUUCAGAGAUAUGUCUGAUCGUGUACCCGUAGUUGGCCACAAGCUUGAUGGUACGCGUUGCAAUUUCCGCGGGUCGUUAACCUUUUAACGACGAACGUCUGUCGACCAACGGCGAGCAUAUCGAACGCGUUUCCUAUGGUGACCGACGUCCGCUCUAAAUUGCUUGGAUAGAUCAAAAAGAAACUCCUCGAUUUGGUUGUUGCUCUGUCAGAUGUUUAUUAAUUGUAUCGGUCGUCGAAGAAAUCAACGAACGUGUUCGUGAUCGGCGCAGCGGUUCCUGGAUCGUAAUAUCGAAUUCAUUCUGACAAGGGGAGUGCGAGUCAUUCGGAUCAUUUGGUCGAAACUUUGCACGUUUGUAGAUUUAUUCGGUUCAAGGAAAUGUGGUAUUAUAAGGGCAACUACUCAAUAAUUCUUGAAAUAUUUAUAAUUAAAACUUUAUUAUUGCCUUGACUACAGAUUUACUUAAAAUAAUUACAGUUUACUGUUGUGGUUUAUAGGCAACGUUCGAAGAUUCCCACGCUUGGAGACCGGGGUUCGAGUCCCGUUCCGUAACGAGUAAUUUUUAAUUAAUAAAAAAAUUUAUUUUCUACGCUUUCUUAACUAAUAUGUAUUUAUUACAAAAUAUUAGUAAUACUAUGCAAGAAGAACCAUAAUUAAACCUUCGUCAACAGUGUCUGAAAACAAAUGAAACAUAAUGAGAAAAUCUUUCUCCAUUCGUCACAGAAUAAAUGGGUAAGAAAAAGUACUUACUUAUUAUUGAUGAUUGCAACAGUGAUACUUAUUCGUAGAAAUAUGGAAAGCAUAAUUCCCAUAGGAAUCUCUUCGGAUGGUUGCCCCAAUUAGCCACAACAGAAUUCUGCAAUUAUUUGAAAUUAAUCUGUAAUCAAAGCAGUAAUCUAACCUCUAUAAAUCUAUAAACGUGCAAAGUUUCAACCAAAUUAACGACCCGAAGGGCUUGCCAUCCUCCUUAUGAGCCGUUCGAAAGCUUCGCGUCGACCUUUUGCAUUUUUAAGUGUGUCGCGAGACGAAUUCCUAAUAUCGAUGAAAAAAAGCUUUUCGACGGAGAAGCUCCGAAGUUCGACGGAUCGUUUUCGAAAGUAACGACGAUAAGUAUCUUGUUGUCCUUUCGUUCGAUUUAACGUAGUUACGAUUGUAUUUUUUGAAUUUUAUCGUAUUAUAUAUUAUAUAUAUAAAGAUUAAAGGUCUCUUCGACGCCGUCAGACUGCCUCGAUCCGCGAUCGCGAGUAUUCUAGGAUCUAGUAGGGGUUUCGAGUCAGCCUGGACGCGUCGAGAAGAGGGCAAAAAGCGUAGAUCGCGAACAAACCAUUCGCUGUUCGAGACCUCUUCGUGGGAAUAAGAAAAAGAAAAAAAAAAAAUAAUUAAAAACCUCCGUGACCCGAUUAGCGCCCCGGUGUCCCUGAAAGUAGAGUUUCUACCGAAUAUUUCGUCGAGCUCAAAUCCAAUUACUACCGUUUUCACAUACCGCGAUCUUUGUGCCAAAGAGUAGAGACCUCGUACGAUCCUCGAAAGUUAAGAAAGUAAUCUGCUCGGAUCGCGAUAUAUCAGAAGGAGCCAAACUCGCCUGGGAAGCACUUCGAGUAUCUGAUCUCGUGGACUAACCUCGUGGCAUCGAGGAGCUCUCGCGAUUUCGUAGAAUUUUUUAUCGGGACCGGGUUUCAUUCCUCUCAGCCUAUACAUCAUGGCUGAUACUAAAGGAGUCGAUUGAUCUCUGAACAGUAAGGAACAGAGAGUGUCAUAAAUGGUACCACGAAAUGGAACUGCGUCCCAAACAAAAUUAGAGAGAACACGAUCUACCGAAUAAUGAACACUUUCGACAACGAUCGUAAGUUUUACAAAAACUGUUUUACUAGUUUUUGGCAAUUCAAUGUUUUCUAAUCGAUCCGUUCUUUGUGGGUUCUUCCCGGAGACGAGUAAAUCAAAAUCUAAAAUUAGGAAAGUAUUUAAAGUAAUAGAAGUAAUAUAGACUCGACGUUAUGUGACUUUGUCAGUUAUAUCAAAUAAACACGUUGACGAUGAGGUUCGUGUAAUUGUUAUAAAUUAUGAGAAUAUAGAGGUUAACGUUUGUCUUUUAAUACCACCGGUCCCUAUUUCUUGAGUAGUUUGUAAAUGGAGGUUAGGCUCGUGUUAUUAGAUUGUAUAUAAUUCUAAUUUUAGAUUUUGAAUUGCCUACUUUUUACGAGAAUCCAAAAAGGAAGAGUGAAAAAUGUUGAAUUUACUUAUUAAAGACUAUCGAUAUAUCUACUGUUUUUGGCAAAAAUACUUCACUAUUGAUAUCCUGUUGUCUCAUUCAAACUUUACUUGAAAAUUCUUUCUGUGAAGUUCGUGCUGAAUACUGUUCAACGUUUUCAAAUCUAAAUCAUGUUGAAACUAUCGAGAGUAGUCUUAUAGGCUGAAUGAAAGUAUAUAUUAUAUAGUUUUAAAGUGUCCCGCUUAUUUUAAGUCGCUCCUCAAUUUGAGGCUAAAGUGCUCCAAUGUUAAAUAUCGAAGGUUAAUCAAAGUCUGCUUAGUGUGCACAAUAAAUACUUUAUUCUCAAUUAUUUCUGAAUUCUGUAGCCUUAUGCACACCAAAUAAUUUAUACAAAAUGUGUACUGUUGGAGUUUGAAGCUUUAUUUAAAGUUUGAGAUACAGAAGAGUUAAUUUUUUAGAGGUUAAUGACAGAUUGUACGCUGGAGUUCAAAACUGUUGAACAGCCAAGUAAACUAUGGCUGUACUCGAAAACCUUGAACAGUAUAAAAAUUCUAAUUCCUAGCAACUUUCAUAAUAUUCCUAUCGGUGAUUAACGAAUCAAAGAGAUAAAUCAUAAACCUUUGCCAUACAAAAACGAGUAAGGCUGAUUGAAACAAUCAAGGUAAACAAUGAUAGUGCCAAUGAUGAAGCCAUCAAUACCUUGUUGCUCAAAAGAAAAAAAGAAAAAAAAAACAUUUCCUUACAAUGCAAACGUGAAGUAUGUCUCAAGUAGUGACAGAAUCUAAAAUUUUGGCCGAAGAGAUCAUUAACUCAUCCAAAGGGGCAUGUAUAAGUUCCACCAGUUAAUCGAAACAGAGACUCCAGUUAUAUCCAGUUAAUCUUAGGUGGAAAGGAAACACUGCGAAGUAAUUUCUAGUGCCAACGACAGAAUCUCUUACGAUUCUAUAGAUUCGAAGUGUUCUGGACUAGUAGAAUUAGAUGAAUAUUAUUCUUGUAAUGAUAAAAGCAACUUCGCCGAGAUGUACUGCAAAAACUGGUUUUUCUACAGUUUGACGUUGCGUCUAUCUCACCUAAAUGCCAUCGCUAUGAAACAGAUAAAGGGUGUUCGGAGAUUUUCAGUAUAAAUUUUGCAUGCAUUUAAUACUCUUCAAAAUAAACAAAAAAUGAAAGGGAUUAGUAAUGCAAUAAACGGGUGUCCUAUAGUUUUACACCCAUCGUUGAUAGUUUUUAAUAAACGAUAGAGUUUAGUUGGUAACAUACCGAACGCGUUGGUACGUUACACUGACUAUUAACGAAAGCUAUUUUCGAAUAAGAGAACAUUUCUAUUGUGUCUUUGUUAUUACAUCGUUUUAUAUGUUAGACUGAUCGAAACUGAACUGAAACUAAAACGUAGGCUCAUUGUCGAGGGACAAGGGCGAUUUUCUAAUCUAACCUCGACGAAAAAAUGUGCCAAGUUUUGCAUUUAUAUCGAUAGACGACAUAAAAUUCCUGUAACGAACGGGUGACGUUUUGCAUUCUUUUUUGUUUGUUUUGUUGCGUUUCAAGCGUGUGCAAAAUAUGUAACAUGAAUUUAUAAACAUCCUUGCGAAACAAGCUCGCCACUUUUACCUUGGAUUAUAGUUGUCUACUUUAGACAUAUACGCGUAGUGCAUUCGUCAGAUGUAGCUGAUAUACAGAAAAUAUUUUGAGAAAUGUAUUUCAUUCAGGUUGCAAUAAGAUUUGUAUGGCUGUUAUAUACCAAGUAGACCGACAGAAAUUAAUUCUUUUUAUCGCGAAAGAAUUAAAAAAAAAAAAAAAAAAAAAUAGAUACAGAUUAAGCGAUCGAAUGGUUUCAUAGUGGAAACGAGGAACGGAGAUAAUUGUGUGCAUUAGUCGGGGUUAACGAUAUCCGUUCGAAUAGAGCCCUGUCUGUUUCUAUGUCAAAUUAGAGAAUUCGUUUUUAAACAAAUUUACAGGCUAAUGGUACACGUGCAUAGAUAUUUUGUUGUCGUGUCAAUUAAUUUCAUGUUUCAUUCUGCAAUUGUCGUUCGGUUUUGAUGGCGGUUCACAUGAUUUUUGUAUUGUUUUAUAUAUUUGCUCGUACCACGAAAGUAUCGUUAAUUUAACAAUGAAAUAUGUAUGCAUGCGCGGCAUAGUUUUUGAAGUUGUAUUCGAAAGAUGUCUUAAGUCUAUGUGAGAAACAAAAACAAAUUGUUAUUAUGAUCUCGUACGAAGAAACAUUAUACGAUACCAUUUAUGCUGAAAAAUAAAUGAUAUUCGAGAAAUGGUCGUUUCGCAUUUAAUUCGCCCUAUGAAACCAUUCAACCUUCACUGUAACUGUUUUCUCGCGUUAGCGAUACCAAGAAAGUUGACGACGCAAGAAGCAGAAUCGUAAAUAAUGUAAACUUAAAUUUUUACAAGUCACAAACAAUUAAAUUGCAUAUAGCAUCUUUUCAGAGUCGAUGUAACUCGAUUAACACACAAUUUACCUUUUAUUGAGUGUCGUUUUAUUCAUUGUCUAUAAUAGGAGGUAAGAAAAGAAAGUCUUUUUGUACUCGUAAGCUAGCAAGACUCGAAACAUUGAAGCGAUUGCGUAAGAAGAAGAAUGAAUAUAAAAGAGGGGUUCUUGCCGUAACAAAUCUACAAUAUAAUCGACUAAUAUUAUUACGAUUAUGGUAGACUGCCUCAGAAUUGAAAUCAUUGCUUAUAAAUGCUGAUCAAAUUCCAGCAAUGGAUAAUAAAUAGGAUUGGAGUGGGGGAGAAGGCGGGCUAUUUAAAAGUCGAAGGUAUAACUUAUAAUAAACAUAAUUAUCGCGGACUAUUUAAAACCCAAAGUCCUAGCUACGUGACUGGAUGUUAGAUGUAGCGAAUUUGGAUAAAAAAAAAAAGAAUUUUCUCUAUCUAUUUACAGAGGUUACAUCAAAAUCUUAAUUACGUAUAAAAUUACGUCAAGUGUUAUAUUUCAUUAGAAUGUAACGCCUUAUCAGAGAUGUAUUGCUCAAGUCUAAUAUUCUAACGGUAGCUCGGAACAUAUUUUUAUCAAUUUUUUUUUUUCCAAAAUUUGGCAUUAGCUUUUCACCUGCAGUGCUACAGCAUACGCACAUUUAUGGGUCCAGCUGUAAACUCGAAUAGUGUACUGUCUGGUAAUGAAGUUACAGAUAAUUGAAGUCUGAUUUGGCAUCGAAACGCCAUAACCCUAAGCUAACCUCUUGCCAGUCUCGCAAAAAUUGUCAGCGUUUUCUUUUUCACGCGUCAUUUGGAAAUCUUGUUUCGAUGUAACAAAAAAUGAAAACAGUUUGUAAAAUAAAAUAAGCUUUCUUGCAAUUGAAUCGAGUCCAGUCGUUGCUGGACGCAAAAUGUCCGCGUGGACUGGUAAGAGGUUAAUGAUAUCGUAAAACGUGUACCCAGCAUGAAUUAAAAAAUGAACAAAGUCGGUCAUUGUCACUGUACCUAAGAUUGAACGUGAAAUACGUUCGCUGAUUCGUGGUUUAUCGACAUGUUUAAUUUCCUGUAAUCGUCGCGUGAACGAUCAACUUUUUUCUAGGUUAUGUCAAUUUAUUGGACUGUUUCGACAGUUCUUCGUUGCGUUACUGUUCUUUGAUCCUUCGACAAAGCCACUGUGGCCGACAAACGAAUCGAUAGAUAAAUUUAAGGUAUCGAAUAGAUAUAUAUUUAGCGCUGCGCAGAGGCCACGAAUGUUAGUCCGCUAAGUUCUUGAUAGUUCCUUUUACCUGUCUGUAUUACGACGUAUCGCGGGUGAGAUUGUUUUAAUUGCGCGUCUGGUGUAUUUCUAAAGUAAUUUGUUACGGCGUACUGUUAACGAGAACGCGACAAAUUAUUAUUCGUCCCGCUCGUUUGCACUACGAUUUAGGCAACAGACGAGGAUGCGAUCAGGUAAUUUAUAUAGUUAAAUGAUUCUUGCCUAGAAACACGGGAAGAGAAAACUUUGAAUCGCGGAUCGAUACGCGUAUUUCUAUAUACCCUUUCCAAUUUAGAUAUUAUAUAUGUAUUGUCGUAAUGAUUGACUGGCGGAGGGGCAAAGAAACGUGCUCUCGUUCAUUCAGUUUCUUGCCUUUUACGAGGAGACAUAACGAGUGCGAGAAAAGAGUGCUUCGAUCUAUUUAUCAAAAAGAAUUAAAGAAAAAAAAAAAACAAGAAAAGAGAAACAAAAAAAAAAAAAAAAAAUCAAACUCGCUGUUACGGCCAAGUAUAUAGCAACACAGAGAAAUGUUCGCGAUAUUUCUUUUUACCAGAAUCGAUUAUUAAUCGAUUCUCGUCGUUGCUAAUUGACUGCUCGAUCGAAGGAGCGAUUAUU